AUAUUCACAUUUAAACGUUAACCACCCGAAAUGGCAACCCAGACACCAGAAAAUAUGAAGCACCCGUAUUACCCACUGGAUUUGGAAUUGCCCCAUUAUGUACCUAACGAAAACGAUAUAUUUUUGGUUCCGAUAACGUUUUUCGGCCUGGUGGUUGGCCUGGCGUUAGUGGUGUGGGUUUAUUCAGGGAAGCAGACAUGGAGGUUCUCUUUGGGAGAUCGUGUGAAGGUUUGCUGGUUCACGAUGUGCGCUGUCAUUCACACGGUUCUGGAGGGCUAUUUCAGUAUUUAUCAUGCCACCAUAGCCGGGAGACAAUCCUACCUCGCUCAGAUAUGGAAAGAGUAUGGUAAAGGUGACAGCAGGUAUAUGAGCUCUGACAAUUUUACUGUGUGCAUGGAGAGUAUAACAGCAGUGAUCGAUGGACCACUGUGCUUCCUGACUAUCAUUGCUUUCUUCAGAAGAAGCUCUUAUCGUUACCCAUUGCAGCUAAUAGUGUCCAUAUGUCAACUGUACGGAUGCAUCCUCUACUUCAUGACUGAGGUUAGAGAUGACUUCAGCCACAGUGAAAAAUGGAGUCUACAGUAUUUUUGGUUUUAUUUUGUGUUCAUGAAUAUGUUGUGGAUAGUGAUCCCGCUGUAUCUUGUGUUUCAAGCUGUGGCUGAAAUAAGUAAAGUCCAGGAGGCCAAUGACAAACAUUCUUCUAAUGCUCAGGGAUACAAGAAACAUUGCUGAAAGGACCAUAAAGUCAUGGAAACUAAGAGGAAUAAUAAUAUUAUAAACACUUGUAUAUAUGGUGGCUGUUAUACAUGUUGUCAAGAAAUGUCAAAAUUUUGGUACUUAAAUAAUCUCAUAUUACUCCUUGCUGGAUGAAAAUGUAUCUUAAACUACAUAAAGGGUACAAGCAACUUCUUUUAUUCCACUUUAUUGUGUGAUAAAUCAGUAGCAAUGUAGCCUACAUUUGAAAAGGUAAAAACAUUCAAAGUUAACAUUUUUGAAUUCAAAAUAUCUGAAGAUCGAUGGUUUGAUGACUGUGUUUUGAAUAUGUAAUUCUUAUUGAGUGCAUUACUUCUUAAUUUAAUAUUUUGUAAAAUUAACAUAUACAUAUUUAAUAUUCCUCUGUUCUUGUCUUGUAUAAAAUUCUGAAAGUUUUAAUACUGAUACAACAUGCCUCAAUUUUAUUUUUAUUCAAUUUUAGCCAGAUGAGUCUUUAAAACUUUAUUUUAAAAAUGCAUUUAUCAUGUGUGGGAGUCAAUCAAAAAAGAUAUAUUUGUACGCGCGUAAGGUAUGAUUUUACACGUUCCAUACCGGCAUGAAAACAGGAAAAAUCACUUUUUUUUUACGAUGACAUAGCCUAAAUUUUAAUAGCUAUGAAGUUAGUUAAGCAAAAACUAAACUUUUAAGGAGCAGACAGAUGCAUUUAAUUUGUAUUUAAAUGUAGUAAAAUAUGCUUUAAGAAACAGUUUUAAAUUUAUAUUUAGCUUAUAGACACAGAUAUUGAAAUAUUUUGCUGGUGUUUUACAUAAAGAAGAUUUCAGCACCAAUUUUAUGCUGGUUUUAAUGAUGUGUAAUUUUUGUAUUUUUUUCUUUUAUUUUAUUUUUUCAUUUCACUGUAUUAUAUGUGUGAUUGUGUGCGUGGUUUGCAAUUUUAAGUUUUUAAUUGACUGGUUGUAAACUCUGCUUAUCUGAAAGAGAUUUGUGUCAUUAUAGUGUAAGAAUCAUGUUGCAUGAGAUAUGAUACAGUUGUGAUAGGCAGAUUUGCCAACAUCCAUGCGUAUUUCCCCACCUCUUUAGACACUUAUGUGUUUAACACUUAUAUUUUUGGUUAGAUAUGGGUUUAGACUUAACAUCAUAUUUUACUCGGUGAUUCAUAACUGUAGGACCAGAUGAUUUUUAAUCUCACUUGAUUCCACGGGAGUAUACAGUGGACGAUCAAAUUAUUUUAAAGCUGUCACACAUCAAUCACCCAGAAUAUUUUUCAAUACUUCUUAUCUACUUCUUUAUCUGUGAUUACUUUUGAAUAGUGCAUGUUUAUCACCAGUAUUGUAAGCUUUUGAUUCAUACUUAAUGAUCUUAGUAUACACCUUUACACAAUCCCAUGGCUCUUAGUUUGAAACAGAACCAUAAUUGGACGAGGGGCCUCCGUGGCUCAGUCGGUUAAAGCGCUAGCGCAGCGUAAUGACCCAGGAGUCUCUCACCAAUGCGGUCGCUCUGAGUUCAAGUCCAGCUCAUGCUGGCGGCCGUACGUGAGAAGGCCUGGCAGCAACCUGCGGAUGGUCGUGGGUUUCCCCCGGGCUCUGCCCGGUUUCCACCCACCAUAAUGCUGGCCGCCGUCGUAUAAGUGAAAUAUUCUUGAGUACGGCGUAAAACAACAAUCAAUCAAUCAUAAUUGGACGUGGAGCCAGUUAGCCUCGGGUCACUAGUAUUAAGUCUGGGACUGUGGCAAUGAGUUCUUUAAAAAAAAUGAAAAAAAAAAAAAAAAAAAAGAAAAUUCGAAUGUAGAAGUAAUGUUGUUUUCUGACUAUUGUAUUAACAUGUAAAAUUUUAAGGUGUAUUGCGGUUUUUAGCAGAUCUACACACACAUACUCGUGUGGCAUGAUCAUAAAUUGUCUCCCUACAGAUAUUGUGCAAUUCUCAUACAAAGCAAGGCAAAAAUGUAUGUACAAGGAAUAGUUAUGUAAACCAUGUGGAUUGUCAUGGGUUUUCCGUGGGCUCUGCUCAGUUUCCUCCCACCAUAAUGCUGGCAUCAGUAAGUGAAAGUAUAAGUGAAAUAUUUGUAAGUACGACAUAAUGCCACAGUCAAACACAUAGUCAUGUAGCUGAAUACUCGUACAUUAAUAUUAAAAUGCCUUAUACACUAUGUGUUGAUACAAACCAGUAGAUGGUUUACCAUAUAAAUUGAUGGUUGAAGCCUUCAUAAAGAAAAUCUGUCCUUUAUUUUUAUAACAACACACAGCCUUCACGAUGAAGGCAAACAUAUAUAUGUAAUGUGUCUGAGUCUGAUUAAAAUCACACCUGAUACUGACUUGUUUAGAAAUAAUAGGUGUAUGUUUUUUGGCAGUCUUGAAAGGUUAGCUCUUGAUAUGCCCUUCGCAGUACAAUGCUAUGUUGUCAUGUCGACGGUUAUCUGGCAAGGGGAUUAUAACAGAUGUUAGUUGUCAGCUGUAAAUCUAGUUAUAUUUGAAAUUUUACAUUCUCACAUCAUUGGAUGUCUGAAAAAUAUCUAGAUGAGACUGAUUUUAAUGGUGGUAUGUGUGUCUGUGAUAUGUAUUCUACUAUUGUAUUUGAAAGAAAGAGU